AUGAGACCCGCAAACAAAAAGGUCACCAGGGCAAACUGUAACAACUGUACAUGUUCGCCCGGCUUGUUGUCCAGAAACAGAAGAUCGGUCCUCAUGGCCAAACGUAUUAAUCUCAAGAGAUCCUCCAGUGGUUCUCCAAACGCAUCCAGACAUGGCUCUGUGUUUACGCUCGACGCUGCGUCCUUGUGUUUGCCCGAUAUCAAGCAAAUCAACACUCUGGAGAGAUUGGCCGCUUUGAGAAAGGCCAUGGCUGAGAGUGGAGUUGCGGUGUACAUCGUUCCAAGUGAGGACGAACAUCAGAGUGAGUAUGUUGCUCCAUUAGACCAGAGACGUAGUUUUAUCUCUGGUUUCUCCGGUAGCAGUGGAACUGUAAUUGUAACCAGAGAUGUCACUUGUAUGAACGAUGUUCCUGAAGGUCUUGCUGCCUUGGCUACCGAUGGUAGAUACUUCAACCAGGCCACCAACGAAUUGGAUUUCAAUUGGCAGUUGUUGAAACAGGGCAUCAAGGGAAUGCCAACAUGGGAACAAUGGGCCAUUAGCCAGGCUGCCCAGAUGUCUAUGGACCUGGGCUACAAGAUCAGCGUUGGUGUGGACCCAAGACUUAUCAGCCACCAAGCUUACGAGCGUAUCCAGAAGACCAUCGAGGAAGAAAUUGCAAAGAACCCAAGAGCAGCCGUAGAAUUAGUUCCCGUGCGUGAGAACUUGGUCGAUAAGAUCUGGCUUCAUUUCGAAGAGCUUCCUGAAAAAUCGCACAGCAUCAUUAAGACUUUGGGUCUUGAUUUUGCCGGUGAAUCUGCCGAAAGCAAAAUUGCCAAAGUAGCCCAGAGAAUCAAAGAGAAGAACGCAAAUGGUCUCAUUGUUAGCGCGUUGGAUGAAGUCGCUUGGUUGUUGAACUUGAGAGGCUCAGAUAUUCAGUACAACCCUGUUUUCUACUCGUACGCUGUCGUCACAAGUACUGGCAAGGUCACCUUGUAUGCUGAUAAUGAGAAAUUUGAUACCAAUGUUGCUGCUCAUUUGAAGGAGUGUAAUGUCACCGUCAAGCCAUACUUGUCAUUCUGGAACGAAAUCGUCGCAUUGUCAAAAGAGUUCAGCGUUGAAGACCAAUCAUUUAUUCUUGACACUGGAGUUGCUUCUUGGGAAAUUGUCCGUCUCUUAAAAUGUAAAUACCAACUGGUGUCACCUUCGCCUAUUGAAGAUUUGAAAUCUAUCAAAAACGAAACUGAAUUGAAGGGUGCUCACAAUGCUCACCUCAGAGAUGGACGUGCAUUGGUGCAAUUCUUUGCUUGGUUGGAGAAUGAGAUCAUUGCCAAAACCGAGCUUGUUGACGAAGUAGAUGCAGACGACCAUUUGACCAAGCUAAGAAGCAAAGAGCAAGACUUUGUUGGUCUCUCUUUUGAUACUAUCAGUGCUACUGGCUCCAACGGUGCAAUCAUCCAUUACAAACCUUUCAAAGGCACAUGCAAAACCAUCGACCCAUCAAAGAUAUACCUCUGCGAUUCUGGUGCUCAAUAUCUUUGUGGUACCACCGAUACCACUCGUACCGUUCACUUUGGUACUCCAUCUCAAGAGGAAAUUAGAAAUUACACUUUGGUGCUCAAGGGUCAUGUCGCAUUAGCCAAGUUGAAGUUCCCAGAGAAUACAACCGGAAACACCAUUGACUCUAUUGCUAGGCAGUUCUUGUGGCUGGCUGGUCUAGAUUACGGGCACGGUACGUCCCAUGGAAUUGGGUCGUAUCUUAACGUACAUGAGGGUCCAAUUGGUAUCGGUCCAAGACCAAUCGCUGCUAAGAACGCUUUGAAGCCUGGCCACUUAAUUUCGAACGAGCCUGGCUAUUAUGCAGAUGGCGAGUAUGGUAUUAGAAUCGAGAAUGUCAUGUUUGUUAAAGACAGCGGUGCAGCCUAUAACGGAAGAAAGUUCCUUGAGUUCGAAACGGUCACUGUCGUGCCUUACUGCAGAAAGUUGAUCGACGCUCUGUUGUUGACAUCCGAAGAAUUGAAGUGGGUGAAUGACUACCACUUAGAUGUCUGGAACAAGCUUAGUUCAUCAUUCGACAAGUCUUCGUUGGAGUACCAUUGGUUGAAGAGGGAAACUUGCCCAUUGGCUGCCAAUUAA